AUGUGGUCUGUUAUUCGCCGCUUGCAGGGCGUGCCGAUUGAUGACGGAGAUUCGCAUAGUGAAACGCGUCUCGAGCGCAACCAGAGAUGUAUCAUGAUGCACGAAAUGCGUCCGUAUCCACGUCCGCUGGAUCCAAACAUUUUUACUCGUCCCUACGGUGAAUUAGAAUAUGAAAAAGUACGGAUGUGGAUGCUAAAUGAUAACGUCUCUAGACGAAUUCAAGCUAUAAACCAUCUCCUUGAGCUUUAUGUGAUGCAGAGGGAGAAUGCAAUUCGUAGUCUUAAAUACGGCUUUCUAGAACUUUUACUAUCCACACUUCACCAUGAUGAAGAGGAAGAAAUGCGAUGUAAAGCAGCCGAUGCCCUUGCCCUGCUACUGCGUGAACCAAAGGCGCUUGAUCUCCUCCUUGCGAUGGAUGACGACAAGGGGACAUUGCGGGAGCUUCUGGGAACUCUUGAUGACCCUUCCAAUGAGGUUGUGGUGCGUGCUAUGCGUGUUCUGAUGGUGUGCCGUGCGGCAUACAACGCGUAUGAAGCGAUUAUGCGACUCGUACGUUACGGUCUGGUGGAGCGCUGCGUGCGGCUGUUGAUGCCGGCGGGACGGGCCGACGGGGUGGCGGCGGCGGGGUGCGCGGGUCUGGCCGGGGCACUCGUCGUGAAAGAGGCGUUCGUGAAGGUGGUACGGGCUGGCGGGGUGGCCGCCGCAACGGCGGUGCUCGCUGCCCCGCAGCCGGACCCCCUCGCCGUCGCGGAGGCCGCCGAUGCGCUGACACUAACCGCCGCCUACCGCCUUGGUAAGACUGCAGCCGUUGAUGCACGCACACUCGCCGCGCUCAGACCACACAUGCGGGAUGAAAACUUGCGCGUGCGCACGUCCGUCACCGGCGCAGUGGCUCAACUUACCAUAUAUGAACCAGGGAAGAGGCAAGCAGUGGAUGAGGAUAUCCCAGCCGUCUUGCUUGCCCUCCUCAUGCAGGAGGAGGAACGUGACGUGCUUGUCAACGUGGUUAAGGCUAUAGUGAAUAUAGCAGAACUCCCAGCAGGAAGGAAGCAGUUGUUGGUGGCAAAGGAGCGACUAGAAUUUAUCGCCGAAGAGGCCGACGAGUACCAGCCCCUAACCUCAUCUGUGGCUGAGGCACUUAGUCAACUUGCGAGAAAGUGUUAG